AUGACGGCGGUGGAGCUCAGGAUCGGGCCGCUGGACUGGGCGAUGGAUGAGGAGGUGGAGGACGAGAGCCCGGGGGUGGGAGAUGAGGAUGGCACGGACGAGGACUGGGUUCUCGAUAUGGAGAGGAAGGGAAGGAGAAAGCGGAAUAGGUCCUCGCCUCGGAGACGCCCGAGACCCAAGCGGCGGCGCUCCGCUCCGGCGGUGGCGCCCGAGCCGGCGUCGCCCGGGAAGUCACCGUGGGAGCCGUGCCCGGGGACAGCCGAGCCUUCGCCAGAAGAGGGCUUCAAUGCUGCUGCGACGGCGGCGGCGGCGGAGGGAGUCAAGGAGGAGGAAGACGAGGAAGACGGGUUGAGGAAGGAGGAAGGGGAGAAUGUGGCUCCGAGCACCAGUGGCAGAGGCGGCGGCGGGAGGAAGCCUAGGAGGUCGUGCCACCAGUGCAAGACGGUCAGGAGUCCGGAGGAGACGAUGAUGAUCAGGUGCCAGCGCUGUGUCAAGACGAUCUACUGCGUCCGCUGCGUCACGAACAGGUACACGAUGAUGUCAGUGGAUGAUGUUAGGGAGCAGUGCCCCUUCUGCCGUGGACUCUGCACCUGUACCCCAUGCCUUAACAAGGAUAAGCAGCUUGGACUCGAGAGCUUGAGGAAAUGCAAUAGCAAUGUAUCAUCUAAAAGGGAAAAGAGGCCCACUUCUGCAGGUGUGAAAUCACCCCAGGCUCGCAGUUCAGCACCGUGUACUGAAGCAACUGGACUCUCCUUUGUGACGACAAAUGGGGUGAAUAAUGUGUCUGCCAUGUUGGCUGAGGUGGAUACAUCAGAUGUGAGGGCUGAGGAGGUUGAUCCUGAAACAAAACGCAAAUAUGCCAGCUACCUGUUGCACUACCUGUUGCCAUGUUUGACACAACUCAACAAGGACCAGAUGGAUGAAAGAGAAGCAGAAGCCAAAAUUCAAGGAUUGCAAUUGUCGGAAUUGAUUGUUGAGAAAGCUGUCUCCUGGAAUGAUGAGAGGGUGUUCUGUAACAAUUGCAGAACGUCAAUAUUUGAUCUACAUAGAAGCUGCUCAAGCUGCCCGUACGAGUUAUGCAUCACUUGUUGUAAGGAGCUCCGUGGAAAUUGUCUUAAGAUCAAUUGUCAGGAGGGACUGAUACCUAAGGAUAAAAGUAGAGGAGUUGACUAUAUGCAUGGUGGUAAUUGUAAGCCACCUAAUAAUUCAGAAAAUGACAGAGAAACAGGUUUGUCUAGUUACCAAUCUAAGUCUAUCAAGUGGGAAGCUGAUCCUGGGGGGACCAUUCGUUGCCCUCCAUCUGAACUUGGUGGGUGUGGUAACCAUGUCCUUGAGUUGAAACAAAUUUUUGAAACAGAUAGGUUAAGUAAGCUCGAAAUGGAGGCAUUGCGACUGAGGAACCAGAUAGAACCUUCUGAUAUUAUCAGUAUAGAUAUAUGUGAAUGCUCAUGUUCAACUAAUCAUGCAAGUUCAAGGAAAGCUGCCACCAGAGAGAACUCCACAGAUAACUACAUAUACUGUCCAAUAUCAGAUGAUGGUAAGCCAGAUGGUCUCAAGCACUUCCAAAAGCACUGGGUGAAAGGAGAGCCUGUAAUAGUGCAAGGGUUGCACAAUAAAAUGAAAGAUUUUUGCGUUCAAAAAAAUAAAAUGUCUGAAUUGAGCUGGGAGCCUGAAAAAAUGUGGGCUGAAGUACAUGGUGCCAAUUCUAGUUCUCAGAUGAAAACUGUGAAAACCAUCGACUGUAUGUCUUGCUGUGAGGUUGAGAUAUGCGCUGAGGACUUUUUCAAUGGGUAUUAUCAUGGUCGGAUGUAUCUUAAUGGUUGGCCUGAAAUGCUUAAAUUGAAGGAUUGGCCUACUUCAGACCAUUUUGAAAAUAUUUUGCCUUCCCACGGAACGACAUACAUCAAUUCUUUGCCUUUUCAACCUUACACAAAUUUGAAAUCUGGUUUGCUAAAUGUCUCUGCAUUGCUUCCUGGUGACAUCUUAAAGCUUGACAUGGGCCCAAAAUCAUUUAUAGCUUAUGGCUAUGCACAGGAACUCAUUAGAGGAGAUUCUGUUACAAAGCUUCAUUGUGAUUUGUCUGAUGCGGUUAAUGUUUUGAUGCAUAUUGCCGAAGUUGAGCCUUCUGAAGAACAAAAAAAGGGGAUAAGAAAUUUGAAAAUAAGGCAUGCAGAACAGGAUAAAAAGAAAUGUUUGGGGAAUUCAUCAAUAGAUGGAAAUGAAACAAGCAUGGAGCAUGCUCAUAUAUCAUCAGUUUCCUGCGAGGAUGAUGAAGCAGGUGCACUAUGGGAUAUUUUCAGGCGGGAGGAUGUUGGAAAGCUGAAAGAGUACCUCAUAAAACAUUCCAAAGAAUUUCGCCAUAUGUACUGUUGUCCAGUUGAAAAGAUAUUUAACCCUGUACAUGAGGAAAAAUUCUAUCUGACCAACAAACACAAGAGGGAGCUCAAGAAGGAAUAUGGAAUCGAGCCAUGGACCUUUGUGCAAAGACUUGGAGAUGCAGUUUUUAUACCUGCUGGGUGUCCUCAUCAAGUACGGAAUCUAAAGUCUUGCACCAAGAUUGCUCUGGAUUUUGUAUCACCGGAGAACAUUCAGCAGUGUCUCAGCUUAACCGAGGAUUUGCGAAUACUUCCAGUGGGCCACAGGGCAAAAGAAGAUAAACUAGAGGUACGAACUUUUAAUGCACAUCCAUCUUGA